AUGUUGGCUGUUAUUUUAUUUAUGUUCUUCGUUAAUGCAUAUGGACAUAGUAAUAAAUUGCUGCAUGAUGCUGACUUGCAGUCUGCACUUAUUCCACAAGAACUUAAUCCAACUUUUGUUCCGGAUAAGGUCGAUAGUAAUGUUCCGUGGAAAAUUUCACUGCCAAUGCGAUACCGACGAUCCAACGUACCCCAAGAUCUCUCAAACAAUGUCCAACUUGUGAAGAAAUACAGCCGCACAGCAGCCUGUGUCGUAUUGGUGUUAUCUACGAUUGUCGAGAUUGUUCUUUACGUUGUUGAGUUUUAUUAUGUUUUAUAA